AUGAAAAUUGUGAAACAUGUUGAUUCCGAACUUUAUGCCGGCCUGAAUGAAGUUGCUGGUGAAACAUGUCAGGGCCUUUUGACUGGUUUAGUAGCAAUGGACGAUCGCCGACUGGAAAUAACUAAUUGCUUUCCUACUGCUCGAGCAGAGCCAAUUUUGGAUGGUGAUGAAGUUGGUCCUGCUAAUUUUCAAUAUGAAGAGCAGAAACAAGCAGAAAUGUUGGAUAUGCUUCGAAAAUUUCGGAACAUGAAUAUUGAUUAUGAAUUGGUUGGUUUCUACCAGGCUCAUCCUUUUGGUGCUUGUUUUGCUCAAGAAAUGGUUGAUUCUUUAGUGGAUUAUCAAGCUAGUGUUCAGGAUGGUGUUGUUCUCAUUUAUGACCCUGUCCGAACUCGUCAGGGUCAGUUGAGCAUUCGCGCCUAUCGUCUUUCGCCUAAAGCGUUGGAAAUGAGCCUUGAUGUGGACUGGUCUCCAGAAAGUGUAAAAGCAGCUGGCGUAACUUAUGAAAACAUGCUCGAAGAAUUACCUGUUGUAAUAAAGAACAGUCACUUGAUAAAUGUAAUGCUUGCUGAAUUGGAGCUGGAUAAGUCAAAAACAUCAAAAGCUUCCUCAGCUCAUCUUCAACUUGGAACUCACAGGUCAUUAGAAAAAUGUCUUCGUGCUAUGAUGAUUAAUGUUGACGAUUUGAAUAAAACUAUAAUGGCAUUCAACAAAUAUAUUGCCGAUAGGCAGCGUCAUGAUUUGAACGUUAGCAAUGCUAUUCAAAAAAGGGAACUAGAAAAUGAACAGCGAGAGGCUCGUGGUGAACCACUUUUAUCAUUUGAUGAUAUAAAGAAAAUGAAGCCUCCUCAGCUGGCAACGAAAUGUGGCAUGCUAGAAAGUUUUCUGUGUGCAUCCGACACUGAAGCGCAUGCUAAUUAUGCAUCUGAGAUUACUGGAGAAAAUAUCGCUAAAUUAUUCUUAGCCGAAGCGGUUCUGGAUGACCGUUCCCUAAGGGAUAGAACGUCUGUCAUAUCAAAUUCGCGGUAA